UUUAGUUAAUGCCUGAAUAAUGGAAUUUUGACACAAAACACUUGUACUCUGUCUUCUGCUCUUGCUAGUGCGAUAAAUCUUUCGUUGACAUCUAGCCUGUGAAAUGGCAACGCGUUCGUUACUGCGAAAUUGUGUCAAUAUUAUUAGGAGUGGUAAUCAACAAUGGACCAUGAAAAGUAUCGGCACAAGCAGUGUACGUUAUGGAGAAGAUCUUGAGAAUGCACUCAAUAUUCGUGAACCAGAAGUAAAAAAUACGGAGCAAGAAAUAAACCCAGCUAAGUUUGAAAGACAGAAAGCUCUGAAGGGGUACAUUAAUGUCGAUGCUGUAGAACUAAUUGCUCCGCUUUCUGGAGUUCCUGAAGAGCUCUUGAAAAAUCGUUUGGUCCGUAUUUAUGAACCAGCCAAAAAUGCAAUGCAAUCUGGAACUAACAACUUGAACAUGUGGCAAAUGGAUUUCGAUACUCGUGAAAGAUGGGAGAAUCCACUCAUGGGAUGGACUUCAAGCGGUGACCCACAUUCUAACUUGAAGCUUGAAUUUCAAACCAAAGAUGAGGCCAUUGCUUUGUGUGAAAAAAUGGGAUGGCGAUAUUAUGUACAGAAACCGAACAAGAAAACUCCCAAGCCAAGGAGCUAUGGGGUAAACUUUUCAUGGGACAAGCGCACUCGAGUAUCUACUAAAUAAUUUGAAAAUAUUAUUUGGUGUCUGAAAAAUAAUUCUGGCAUAUUUUAGUCGAUAAUGCAUAACUUUUUGGUUGUGCAUUCUUAUCUCUGUAUAUGAAAUGUAAAAUAUAAAAUAAAAGGCGUAAAUAUCAA